AUGGCCAAAACACGCACUGCAAUGCCACAAGGUCGUUCUGUUUCUGCAGUCUUUUUUGGGCAUCCUCUUUUGGAUAUGUCGGCGUUAGCUUCCGAGGAACUUUUGGCACACCAUGGGAUUCGUGAGGGUAGCGUGGAUCUAGCAACACCUGAGCAGCUGCCAAUAUUCACAAAAUUAUUAGACGCCAAAGACACCAUGUACCAUCCUGGAGGUGCUGCUAUGAACGCAGCCCGUACGAUGAAAUGGAUUUGCCCUGAAAUGGGUGUCUGUUGUGUAGGUGCAAUGGGUUGCGAUCAGUUCCAGAAGCUAUUUACAGAGGCUUUGGAUACAGCAGGAGUGCAACACUUGUUUGAGUAUCAUGAGGACGUUCCUUCUGGGACUUGUGCGGCACUUGUGGUCAAGAAGGAGCGAGCUAUGUUAGCAAACUUGGGUGCUGCCACUAGAGUUUCACUUGCGCAUAUGCAAAGUACGGAUGUGGCGGAUGCCAUUCAAAUGGCUUCUAUAUUCUACGCUGAAGGUUUUUUUCUUAACACUAUUUCUAGUCCUGAUAAUAUCUUAUUGGUUGCGGAGCAUGCGUUUAGAGAAGGAAAGUUGUUUUGUUUCAACUUGAGUGCCCCAUACAUCAGUUCCGCUUUUGGUGACCGAUUGAACUUGCUUCUUCCGUAUAUUGACAUUCUCUUCGGUUGUAAAGAUGACUUUGCUACCUUCGGUACAGUGAUGUGGGGCGCAGAGAUGGCGGGGGACAUACGAAAGACGCUCCUGCGGACCGUGCGACUGCUGAAGCGGAACGCCUCACGGCCGUGCCUCGUCGUGGCGACGUGCGGGGGUGACGCAACACUCGUCGCCGAUGACAACGGAGUCGUCGCGUAUGACGUGCCGCACGUAGAGGAGGCGCACAUCGUCGACCUCACGGGCGCGGGCGACGCCUUCGUCGGCGGGUUUCUCGCGCAGUACGCCCAAAAUCCCGCCAUUGACGCCUGCGUGGCGGCCGGUCAUGCGGCUGCUUCUGUCGUCAUUCGCCAGUGGGGCGUGCGGUUGAAUGGCGAACCCCCGGUACUGCGUACAUAA